UAGAGCGGAAAUAGGGGCGGGCUCUCUUCCCACGGGCGUCAUGGCGGAGGCGGCACUGGAUACGGUGCGGAGGGCGUUGCAAGAGUUCCCGGCGGCGGCUCGCGACCUCAGUGUACCUCGUGUUGUGCCCUACCUGGAUGGGCCCCCAAGUCCACUCUGUUUCUACCGGGAUUGGGUGUGCCCCAAUAGACCUUGCAUUAUCCGCAACGCCCUGCAGCACUGGCCCCUCCAGAAGUGGUCCCUCUCCUACCUGAGAGCCACAGUGGGCUCCACGGAGGUGAGUGUGGCCGUGACCCCAGAUGGUUAUGCGGAUGCUGUGCGAGGGGACCGGUUUGUGAUGCCUGCUGAACGUCGCCUGCCCAUCAGCCAUGUGGUGGAUGUGUUGGAGGGUCAGGCCCGGCACCCAGGAGUCCUCUACGUGCAGAAGCAGUGCUCCAAUCUGCCCACUGAACUGCCUCAGCUUCUGUCAGACAUCGAGUCCCACGUGCCCUGGGCCUCUGAGUCACUGGGAAAGAUGCCUGAUGCUGUGAACUUCUGGCUGGGUGAGGCAGCUGCGGUGACCUCCUUGCACAAGGACCACUAUGAAAAUCUGUACUGUGUGGUCUCUGGUGAGAAACACUUCUUGUUACAUCCACCCAGUGACCGGCCCUUCAUUCCCUAUGAUUUGUACACACCAGCCACCUACCAGCUGACUGAAGAGGGCACUUUUAAGGUGGUGGACGAGGAGGCCGUGGAGAAGGUGCCCUGGAUCCCACUGGACCCCCUGGCUCCAGACCUAGUCCGGUACCCCAGUUACAGCCGGGCACGGGCCCUUCACUGCACAGUGCGGGCCGGUGAGCUCUUGUACCUGCCGGCUCUGUGGUUCCACCAUGUCCAGCAGUCCCACGGCUGCAUUGCUGUGAAUUUCUGGUAUGACAUGGAGUAUGACCUCAAGUACAGUUACUUCCAGCUGGUGGACUCCCUCACUAGGGCCGCAGGCCUUGACUGAUGGGGCCCUCACAGACACUGCAAAGGACAGCCGAUGUGGGAGGUCGAUUCUAGAAGCAGCCUGGGGUUUGACUCUGCACUGGCUGCUGUCUGGGUUCCUUCGUGGGCUGAGAUCAGCCUUGAAGAAGCACGGAAUAUAGUCGGAGGACCAGGAGAUGCCAGGCAGGUCUGGGUGAGGGUGCCCAGGAAGUUGCCACACAGGUGACAAGGAAGCAUGGAUCAGGUCCAGCAGUGCUGUGACCUUGGGUGAGUCAGGGCAUGUCAGCAUCGUCCUCCGGCUGUAAAGUGGAGAUAAUAAUGGCUCUAGCUCCCAGGUCUGCUGUGGGGUAGACAUGGACCAGCAUAGAGGAAGCAGUCAAUAAAAGGUGGCGUUGA